CGUCCUAAGUCGUACACGCGCACAUCCUGGCGUAGAUCCGCUAGAAGGUCACAAAGUUCACUAUCCUGCUGCUGAGCAAGUCAUGCCCGAACCUAUCAGCAUCGUGUCCCCGUUGGCUCCGCGUAGCUCCACCUGCGGAUAUUGCGGUGCUCCCGGAGAGCGCAGCGACACGGAAUCCAGCUACCACAAAGCAGAAUGCCUCGCCUCGCAGCUGUCAUGUCGGGUGUACCAGGAGAUGAUCGACCGCGGCUGGCGACGCUCGGGGACUUACUGCUAUAAGCCAGACCUGAAGCGGUCGUGUUGUCCUCAGUACACCAUAAAGUUGGAUGCGCUCGAGUUCAAACCGUCGAAAAGCCAGCGUAAGCUACUCAAUCGGUGGAAUCGUUUCGUUGUCCACGGGGACGGUCGAGACGGAGAUGAUCCUAUGGACGGCGGCAGUAAAGGGUCAUCAACUACCACCACCGCCACAUCGAAGGGCAAAGGAAAGGCCACUCACGUUUUCAAAUUGACGGAGGAUAUACAUGCCUCUGAGUUCAGCUUCCUAACGGCCGGCGAGACGCCCGCACAUAAGUUCGAAGUCGCGUUAGAACCGGCGGCGUACACCAAGGAGAAGUUUUCGCUGUACAACAGCUACCAGAAGGAAAUCCAUCACGAAGCGAACGACAAACAGCCAUCAGGCUUCAAGCGGUUCUUGGUCCAAAACUCGCUCGUGCCUCAGGCUAUAGAGUACCCGUCAGGACGACCAGACCAUCUCCCCGAGAAAUAUGGCGCCUACCACCAGCUGUACCGGCUGGACGGCAAGCUCAUCGCGAUGGGCGUGAUCGACAUACUGCCGAACUGCGUCUCGAGUGUGUACUUCAUGUACGAGAAGGAGUGGGAAAAGUUCUCUCUGGGGAAACUGAGUGCUCUGCGAGAAGCUGCCCUCGCGAGGGAGAUGCACAAAGCGGGUGUUCCGGACAUGAAGUAUCUAUACAUGGGCUUCUACAUCCAUUCGUGCCCGAAGAUGCGAUACAAAGGCGACUACUCGCCCUCAUAUCUAGUGGACCCAGAAGACUAUUCAUGGGCGCCCCUUGACAAAUGCCGCCCCCUCCUAGACAAGUACCACUACGCGUGUUUCACGCAUCCAGAACGAUCUCUAGAAGCACCGGCGACAUCUCCAGGCGCGUCUCCCGCUAUCGCAGAUGUAUUGCCAACUCACCGUCGCUUGUCGCGUUCGUAG